AAACCUUUAUGUUUAAGUAUUUAGCAGAUGCUUUUGUGCAAAGCGACGGACAGGUGAGGAUGAAGCCAUCAGGUUGCCCUUGAGGCCAACAACACUAUUCAGUCAGUCCUAGCUAGGAUGCAUUUAGAGACCAGCUUCCUGUGUUUACUGAAGACUUGUGACGCAGUAAAUCAUGAAACUUCAUUCAAACUGGACACAGUUCUGAAGGUAAAACCAUAUUUAGAUGACAGGAAUCCGAAUGUCUGCAUGAGAGUCAGGUAAGCUUUUAUAGGUGUUCCUGUUUGUGUACCUCAGGGGUCAAUACUACUAGGUCAACGACCUGCCAAGGUCAUGUGUCCGGGUUUAAUUUCAAAUGUGUGCAAAUGAAGCCGUCGCCUUCAUUUGUGGCCAAAUGCUCUGAAGACUGCUUCUGUGCCCUCUUCAGCGUUGUAGGGCUUCCACUUCUGGGUCGUCAUGGCCCAGCCCUGGUAGUAGGGCUGCUCAAUUAAUCGAAUUUUAAUCACGAUUACGAUCUGAGUUUUGAACAAUUAUAAAAAACAAAACAAGCCGAUUAUUUGCUCCUCCCGCUUGCGCUGCCCUGAGUUGCAAAUGAAGCGCGCCUCCACAGUGUUGCCAACUUAGCGACUUUGACGCUAUUUCUAGCAGCUUUUCAGACCCCCUUCUUGACUUUUUAAUCCUAAAAGUACCUAGCGAACACCUCAGAAACAUCUCUGGUAACCCUUAGCUACUUUCUGGAUAACUGUCGUCGACAUUUCCUGCAGGUUAGCCUAACACUCCGCCUGCGCUCUGGACCGUUCUUCACAACAUUAGGAAAGGGAAUGAUGUAGUGAUGUGUCAGUCGCUAAAGAAACACCUCUCAGAGCCGGCUCCCUGUUGGAUUAACCAGACACCUGCAGGUUCAUCUACCUCCACCUGUAGCACCACUUCUUCCUACAAAUCUACCCCUCUACCAUGUGUCAGUACCUCCUCUUCAGCAAAUGGCUACAAGUCACCUCCUUCCAGUUUCAGACAGUCAGACCACAGGACGAGGUGUAGCGAGGAGGACUUGGUGAGCAGCAGGAGAAGGAGGAGGAAGAACCACGAGGAGCCCAUACUUCUGGCUAACAGCGCAGACAGUGAUGAAAAGGAAAAGAAGGGUGGGAGGUUUGUUGGGCAGAUGGCGGCCUUCUUCAGAGGAGGAGAUGAAAAACAGGAGUUGCUCAUUUUGCAGAACGUCGGUCAAAACCAACACAGGGAAAAUGAAGGAGGAGCCAGUCCAGCAGAGGGAGCUGUGGGCUUGUGCCAAAGGAGGAACGGCAGCUCUCACUACCAGAGUGCUAUGGUGGUCCUCCAGACAACUGGGAGCCAAUCAGACGCCACUGUUUCCUCUAGCCAAUGGCAUUUCUCUGACAUCAUCACUUUCAUCUCCUCUAAUCAGCGUGUUCUAGAGCACUGGCUCAUCACCCCUCCGUCACACACUAAUUCUGCCCCUGUGCUGCACCUGUCUGCUUCUGCCAUGGAGGCGAUGUUAGACUGGGUGAGGGGCGAAGCCAGCUGGAGUCUCUUUCGGCACCUGAGAGACUGGACGCCCCCGCCCAGCCUAGGCAUGGAUCAUUGUUACACAGGAAGACACACCGUGAGCCCUACAGUUUCGGACCAGCGACAUCAGAAGCAGAGAGCCAAUCACAUCACUCGGAGCCUGUGCCUACCACAGAGGCGAAACCUCCCCCUCCCUCCUUGUUCAUCCGAGGAGCUUUCUGGUGCAUGCCCUGCUGACCAAUCAUCAGCUGUCUCAGGGUUUCUCAGCCCCGACAUUGAGCUCGUUCAACGAGUCUCACAGAUCCGAAUACGACGAGCAUCACCAAAGGAGACGCCGCUCACGCCAAUGGGGCUACCAAAGGUUAAAAGGCUAAAGAAGAAGGAGUUCAGUUUGGAGGAGAUUUACACUAACAAGAACUACAAGCCUCCCCCCCUCAACAGAAGCCUGGAGACCAUCUUUGAGGUCCCAAGAGAAAAAGAUGGAGCAUUGCUUCUGAUUGGCCAGCAGAAGCGGCGCAGGCUGCUGUUCUUUCCUGAUUUUACUCAGCCCAGGAAAAGGAAGAAGCCACAAGGGGCGGGAUUUCCUGUUUUUAUGACACCCAGGAAACGUGCAGCAGUCCGACGACACCUUCACACCACCGGCCUCGAUGGCGGCGGAGACCCGGAUGCCAUGCUGGUGGAGCGACUCAGCUCCCUCGAGAACUUCCUGACUGAGCGGGGUCUUCAUAUGUGAACUGUGAUGGGGAGAUAAUCCAGUGAAGGAGCAGUUGUUAUGGAUGAAACCUGAAAACAUGGCUGCUUUCCUCGUGAUGUUUUUGACUAAAACUGAAAUAUGAAUCAGCAACAUGUGACAUUUUAUCUUUCAUGAGGCCACACCCCUUUCCAGGAGGCAUCGUCUUGUCAGCACUGAUGUGUACUUACCUUUGUAGUACUGAAUAGUACUGUGCAGUAUUCUCUAUUACAAGAACAAGUACUUGGUGCACAUUCUAAAGUAAUUUAUAUUUCUGAUAAACAUGUAUUUUUGGAACAAAUAAAGUUUGUUUCUGCUCAGAA